AAGAAAAGGGGAGAGAGAGAGAGAGAGAGAGAGAGAGAGAGAGAGCGUGGAAGAAGCGAACGAAAGAGAGGAAGCAGAGUAACAAGAGUGCUCGAAUCUUCGUAUUCUUUUUCUCCUCCGAAUCCACCGCUACAAGAAGCUAACGUGAAGAGAAAGAGCGAGAGAAGGGUUAGGAAGCGAAGAGGAAGGAGCGGAGGAGGAGGAAGGGGGAGAGAAGAAGCGAUCCAACUAUCCCUUCCCUGUCCCGAAGAUCUCGAGGUUUUGGAUCCCGAUCUCGGUGUUUCUCUCUUCAGAUCUCACCUCCAGCUCGUGCUUGAUCUCGAUCCAGGGUUUCCGCGAGUUGGUUUUAGGCGGGUUUAGCGGAUACACUUGGAGGAUCUUGAUCGGAGUUAUGAGAUCUGUUACGAAUUUCUGGAUCUUGUGAGGGUUAAAUUGGAUUUAAUGCUGCGUUCGUUGCUACAAUGGAGAUUAUCGGGGAGAUCAAUAACGGGUUGAGCAAAUGCAGGUCCUGCGGAUCUUGUUUCAGGAAUUUUCGCGGUUUCUGUUGUACUGGAAAGCUCCUAGUAAUGGUGGGUAGAUGGUGUUGUGAAUCUAAGAUCUGCUAGAGAAAUAUUUAAACAAUGUCAGCAAGAAUUGCGGAAGGUGUUGAGAUCUCGGUUAGUAAUGAUGAGAGGAAAGAUAGAAGAUCUGAUGUCGAGAAUUCAGAAGACGAGAGGCGGAGAAUGACGAUUGGAUCUUUAAAGAAGAAGGCCAUUCAUGCCUCCACAAAGCUCACCCAUUCUCUGAAGAAAAGAGGGAAAAGGAAGGUCGAUUUCAGGUUUCCUUCCAUUUCGAUCGAGGAUGUAAGGCCUGCUGAAGAGGAGCAGGCAGUGAAUGCUUUCAGGGAAAGUCUGAUUGCAAAGGGUUUAUUGCCGGAGAAGCACGAUGACUACCAUAUGAUGCUCCGAUUUCUCAAAGCUAGGAAGUUUGAUUUUGACAAAGCAACUCAGAUGUGGGCUGAGAUGCUAAGAUGGAGAAGUGAAUUCGGAACAGACACAAUCUUGGAGGACUUUGAAUUUGAAGAGCUACAAGAAGUCCUAACCUAUUAUCCCCAGGGUUACCAUGGGGUUGACAAGGAGGGAAGGCCUGUCUAUAUUGAGUUGCUGGGUAAAGUUGAACCCAGUAAGCUUAUGCACAUUACCACUGUCGACCGCUACAUAAAGUAUCAUGUGCAGGAGUUCGAGAGAGCCUUCCGUGAGAAGUUUCCUGCAUGUACAUUUGCUGCCAAAAGACAUAUAGAUUCAACAACUACCAUAUUGGAUGUUCAUGGUGUAGGCUUGAAGAAUUUCGGCAAGACUGCAAGGGAACUUGUGCAUCAUAUGCAGAAAAUAGAUGGUGAUUACUACCCUGAGACUCUUCAUCAAAUGUUCAUUGUCAAUGCUGGCGCUGGUUUCAAGCUGAUCUGGAACAGUAUAAAGGGAUUUCUUGACCCCAAAACUUCAUCCAAGAUACAUGUGCUGGGAACUAAGUAUCAGAGCAGACUUCUUGAAGCAAUUGACUUGAGUCAAUUGCCAGAUUUUCUUGGUGGAUCAUGUACAUGCUCUGAGAAAAGAGGCUGUCUUAGAUCAAACAAGGGACCAUGGAAUGACACAACAAUUAUGAAGCUUGUACGUAGCGUUGCAGCAGCAUCUGCCCGGGAAAUGAGGAGAGUAUUUGAUGAAGAGGAAAGAAGUGGGACUGCUCUCAGAAUACAUCGAUUAAGGGGAAGGAUAAGUGAUACCUACCACACAGAAUCAGGGUCAGAUGUUGAUGAUCUUGGUUCGCCCGUUGCAUCUAGAGCUGCUGAUUAUGCCCGUUUGACUCCAGUUCGUGAAGAAGUCAGGGCAUCAGAUUCUACAGCUUACUACAGCUGUGAUGACCGAUUCUCACUGGCGAAUAAUGCAGCAGAAGCUGGCAGAGUAUAUGGAAGUGCUGGGAGGGCAUCCAACCAACUCACGGACCAGGGUCAUUCUUCAAGCAAUGGAAGAUUGCAUGCACUUGGUAACUCAGUUCAUGAUAUGCGCAAUAACAACGAGGCUGAUUCAGGGGAAAGAAGUGUUCUUCAUUAUCUUGCAAGAGCAGCUGUUGCAUUCUUGCUCAAAGUACUAUCUAUAUUUCGCAUUUUUAGUUGUAGACAAGAGAGGCAGUUGGAAGAUGUUCAUCUUUCUGAAACACUAGUUCCUAGCCCGAGACGCCAGGAAGCUGUUCAGGUUGUUGAAGAAGACCGAGUUAGCCCUUGUUUAGAACGCCUCCAAAGGCUUGAGAUUGCAUUCAACCAGCUCAGCACCAAGCCGCCAGAGAUUCCCCAAGAGAAAGAGCGCGUACUUCUUGAUUCUUUUGAUAGGAUAAAAUCCAUUGAGUAUGACCUCGAGAAGACAAAGAAAAUAUUGCACGCUACAGUAAUAAAGCAGAUGGAGAUGGCAGAGACUUUAGAGGCUGUACACGAGUCCAGUCUUAGGAGAAGGAAAUUUUGUGCAUAGAUAAAGAAUGGCGGCGGGUUUCGAUGCUCAGCUCUUGCAAGCAAAGGAAUAUCCUCUUGCUAUACAAUUGCUCCUUUUUUCCCAAAAAAACAAAAAAGAAAAUAGUUUUGUUUCUCACUUUUUUCUUUUUUGACCUUGGAUGAGUCGUGAGAGUUUGUGCCACAUUCCCCGAUCGGUGCAUCUGAUUGGGAAGCAAGUGGCUAGUAGAGGUGAAUAUAUGAAAGAUGACAAAUAGGGAAAGGUCAUCCUCACAGUAAAUUAUUAUGUAAAUUUUGCUUCUUUCUUUUAUUAUUUGUCUCCAUUUUUUUUUUUUU